AUGUCGAAGUUUCCAGAAGUGCAGGGAGGAGGUUCGCUCAUCCUGGCAUGGCAGAUUAAGGAAAAGCAUGUUUUGGUGGUUGGAGGUGGAGAGGUCGCUGCGGGGCGCAUCCUCAACACCCUCAACGCCGACGCACGAGUAACAGUCGUAUGCCCUGCCUCCGGGCUGAACGAGGAGGUUGCUUUCCGGGUUGCUGAAAAGCAAGUGACGCAUAUUGACCGCAAUUUCGAGCCACACGACUUGGAUGGGGUGGAUAUGGUGUUGUGCGCCAUUGACGAUCCAGAGGCUUCUUCGGAAGUCUGGAAAUUGUGCAAAGCGCGUCGAAUUGCAGCUAAUAUCGCCGAUGUUCCACCCGAAUGUGACUUUUACUUUGGAAGUGUCCAUCGUGACGGACCUCUACAGGUCAUGGUAAGCACGAACGGGAAUGGACCGAAGCUGGCUAGCAUCGUGCGGAAGAAGAUUGCGGAGACUUUGCCCAGCAACAUGGGAGCAGCCAUUGAAAAUGUGGGGAGGCUGCGGAAGAAGCUUCGUGAAGUUGCGCCCAACCCCGACCAGGGCCCGAAGCGGAUGAAAUGGAUGUCCGGCGUCUGCGAACAAUGGAGCUUGGAAGAACUCGUCUCGAUGACCGAGAAGGACAUGGAUAGUGUUCUGUCAUUCUACGAAUCAGGCAAAGUGCCUACGUUACAAGAGGUCCAGUCACAAUAA